AUGGCCGACGCGAGCGACGCCGACGUGUGCGCCAUCUGCCUCGGCGGCAUGGUUCGCGGCCAGGCCGGCUUCACGGCGGAGUGCUCCCACGCCUUCCACCUCAACUGCAUCUCCGCCAGCGUCGCGCACGGCAACCACGACUGCCCGCUCUGCAAGGCGCCGUGGACCGUCCUGCCGGCCGUCAACGCUCCACGGGUGCCGCCGCCGCCAUCGCCCCAACAGGUUCCGCCGCCGUCGUCGUCAUCCAGGCAAGUGCGCGGCCGCACGUACGAAGAUGACGAUCCGGUGCAGGAGAUCGUUCAGGCGGAUGCCGAAGCCGGCACCAACGGAGGAGCGAUGGUCCUCAAGGCGCACUGCGAGUGCCCGGCCGUGGCGAGGGGCUCGUCCCGCGACAACUUCGCGCUGCUCGUGCACGUGAAGGCGCCAUCGGCGGCCGCCACCGAGGCCGCGCGCGCGCCGCUCGACCUCGUGACGGUGCUCGACGUCAGCGGCAGCAUGAUCGGUUCUAAGCUGGCGCUGCUGAAGCAGGCAAUGGGGUUCGUCAUCGACAACCUCGGAUCCGCUGACCGCCUCUCCGUGGUGGCCUUUAACCACGACGCGAGGCGCCUGUUCCGUCUCGUGCGCACGUCUGACGCGGGGAAGGCCGAGGCGAAGCGAGCCGUGGAGUCCCUCUUCGCGAACGGGGGCACGGACAUCGGCAAAGGCCUACGAGUGGCCGCCGAGGUGCUCGACCACCGCCGGUACAAGAACGCCGUCACCAGCAUCAUGCUCCUUUCCGACGGGCAGGACUCGAACACCUACGCCGGGAUGAGACAUGGUAGAAACGCUGCUAACUACAUCAACCUUGUGCCAUCUUCGCUAACCUACAGCGGCGCCGGCAACCGGCCUCCAGCGGUCCACACGUUUGGCUUCGGCGCCGACCACGACGCUGCCGCGAUGCACACAAUCGCGGAGAUGACGGCCGGGACGUUUUCCUUCAUCGAGAACGAGGCUGUCCUCCAGGACUCGUUCGCGCAGUGCCUCGGCGGGCUCCUCACGGUCGCCGUCCAAGAGGCGCGCAUCGCGCUGACGUGCCUACAUCCUGGCGUGCGCGUCCGGGAGGUCAAGUCCGGACGCUACGACAACCGCGUGGACGCCGGUGGCCGUGCGGCCUCGGUGGACGUGGGCGAGCUCUACGCCGACGAGGAGAGGCGCUUUCUGGUACUCCUGGACGUACCUGCUGCAGGAGCCGAUGAUGGCGUCACCGGCCUUAUCAAGCUGAGCUGCAAUUACCGAGAUGCCGCUACGGGGCAGGCGGUCGACGUCACUGGAGACGAUGCCGUGGUCCAGAGGCCCGUUGAGGUGACCGACGAGGAGCCGUCCGUGGAGGUCGAGCGUGAGCGGCUGCGCGUGGCUGCAACUGAAGACAUGGCAGCGGCACGGGACGCGGCUGAUCGCAACGAACAUGCCGAGGGCGCAGGGAUACUGCGACGCCGGCUUGAGGCCGUCGAGCGUUCGGCGGUACGGCUGUCCGGCCGCAGUACGUUCACGGCCCUGGAGGGCGAGCUGCGUGACCUUAUCGCUCGCGUGGAAGACCGAGAUGAGUACGAGACGGUAGGACGCGCAUGCUUCCUGUCCGGGAUGAGCUCGCACAGGCAGCAGCGCGCCGGCGGCAUGCAGCUGAUGAGCCAGAGCCUCCUCCCAACCGCCGCCGCUCCCGCCGAUCUGUGCGCCCUCACCAUCCUCUGCGCCGCCACCCUCCGAUUUGUCCCCGAUGAGUCUCGAAUCGACCCCGCCGGCCGCCGUUGCUACCCCGCCGGCUGCCGUUGCUACCGUGCCGGCGCCGCCACCCUCUCCCGUGGUCGCCGGAGCUUCCGCCGCUCCACCAACAACCCCGGCAACCGCUCCCACCCCUGUGACCCCCGCGGAUGUUGCUUCGACGGUCUCGUCGACGACUGGGGCGAAGAGGCGGCGCGCGGGAACGCAUCUGGUCCCGCAAGCCGGUGCCGCGGCGGUCACCGGUGA